UGGUGGGAGCUCUCUGGUAGAUCUACACUGACAGUCAAUUGCUGUUCAUCUGAAGAUUUUCUCCAAAAACUGGAUCUGUCAGGACGCAAAAACACAUCAGACCUGUCAGUUAUUAAUAGUCGUCAGAGGAAAGCUGUGAUGCUAUUUUCAAGCAAGUAAAGGUCGUGUGUGGGUUUGGGAUAUUCAGCCAUGCAGUCAGAGCUCAUCUUUGACUUUGCCAGUGACCAUGUCAACAUGUCACAGUUAGGGGGUUACUCGGAUUACCCUGCAGUAAUUGUGGAGCAGGUUCCCCAUCCCCACCUGUUCUCAUAUACAGGUCUAACGUGUGAACAGUCACAGACAAAGCAUCACCAGCAGCUGCUCAAAGUGGAGCAAUGUGAAAGUGGAGAGGAAGAGACCAUGGAGACACUUGUUGCUGCUGAUUCCCUUCUCAACAUGGACUACCCUGACACCCUCUCUCUGGAACACUACUCCCAGACCUUCUUACCAUCACUGGGUGACAUCAUCACUACUCCUGUUACCCAGGUGACUGUGUCUGCAGAGGGGAUUGUCGGAGCUUUUGACCAGCCACAAUGGCACUCGUUGCACACAAAGAAGCCUGCCGCACAGCUGCAGUCCAAAAAGAGAGGAAGAAAACCUCGACAUAGAAGGGCAGAGUCUCCCACACCAGACAUUAUAGUGAAAAAGGACAAAUACAACAAAGGAGGAAACACACUGUACCUGUGGCAGUUCCUGAUGGAGUUGCUGCAGGACCGACAGGUCUGCCCCCGCUACAUUAAAUGGACUAAUCCCCAAGCAGGAAUCUUCAAGUUGGUCAACUCAAAAGCAGUGGCCAGACUCUGGGGCAAACACAAGAACAAGCCAGAUAUGAAUUACGAGACAAUGGGCAGAGCACUCAGGUACUACUACCAGAGAGGCAUACUGAAUAAGGUUGAAGGCCAGCGUCUGGUCUACCAGUUCACCUCUCUGCCCAAAGAUAUGAUUUAUAUCACAGAUGGAGAUGGUAUCAAAGAGGAAGAAGAUUACGAUCACAACGAAAAUAGUGGUAAUGAUGAGGGUGUGAGUGAUGACUCCGAUGACAGCACUAUACCUUCUAGUGACCAAUCAGUGGAGGAGGAAGAUUCCCACCCACCACAGAAGAAACCGUCAUUCAGCUCUGUUCGAUCCCCAGCUACCCAGCGGACCAGGCCAGCUCCCAGGCCCUCAGGCCAGCGUGACACAGUCCUGCGGUCUGCCAGCACCAGCUUGAUCCAGGAGCAGCAUUUGCCUAUUGUGUCCGCUGAGAUGCUGCGGACCCUCCAGAACCUGCAGAAGGUCCAGUCUCUGCAGCCUGCAGGUCACGCCUCUGUCUUCAAAACCGCUCAGCUGCUGGGGAGUCUGUGUGAGCGACAGGCUGCUGCUGAGGUGGCUGUAGACAGUGAUGAAAAGUCACACCCAAGACUCAAAACUUCACAAGUGGAGACGCCACAGCUGGUGCCCCUAACUAGCUCUGACCAAUAGAAAAGACCAAUCGCCCCUAAACACACACACAUAUGCACACACAUGCAUAUACACUCCACUGACUCAGGACCUGUUACAGAGCUGCAUUUUGCUGUAGCAAUGUCCUGCGCACCAGGGCCUAUAUUUCUUAAGUGUGAAAGAGUGGGUGUACUGAUCUAAGCUUAUUUUGUGUAUUUUAGAUUAUAUUGUUAAUUGGUAACUAAAGUAAUUCUAGAUCACUGCUUCCUCCCUGACACCUGAUUAGGCAGGAAACUGUCAGGAACCAAAAUCUCACAACAAAGCAGUACUUUCUAAGAGACUUUAAAAGCGCAUGUGCUGUAUCUCAGCCUUCUGUCAUUCUCUGAAACCGUUGACUAUACAAGAUACCAAAGACAGACAUGCACUGCAAUCUACGGCCUCUCUGCACCUUCUGCAGACACACCCUCUGCUUGCACUUCACCUCCAGCAUCAUGGAUCAAAUGAUCUGAUCAGCACACUGUGCCCUCCUUCUCUGCCUUUACUCUCACUCUUUCCCACUCUUUUUUUAUCAUCACAUGCUGAAUCAUUCCUUUGCCUUAAAAAUGGCUUUGCACUAGUGUUUACCCCUGCUGUAUAUUUCUUCUUUAAUAGUGCCUGACGAUCCAUCCUGUCCCUGCUUCCUGUGUUCCUGGUAAUCGUGAGGUUAUUGAGGGAAAACAUUCCAUAUUAUUAUUAAUUUUUUUUUAAGAUUACUGAAUUAUGUUUGUAUUGUGAAAUGUUGAAAAUAAGGGAACACUGUUAUUUCUAGAAUAGUAAUUUAGCACUGCUGCUGUUUGUAGUUAAUGUGUCUACACAGUUGACCUUCUUUUUGUUGACAAUCACCAGUGAAAUGACCUUUUAUUUAGCUACAUUGCCUCUAUAGAGUCAUACUGCUACUAUUUAGCCUUUCUGCUAUGUACACAUUCUGUUUAGUUAUUACACGUAUGCAUAUAUGGACAUCUAAAGCCUUGAUAUCUUUAUGUAUUGUGUGUUAUAUACUGUAUGUCUGUGAACAUGCUUGACUUUGUGCCUUGUUGCCAUUUUCUCCCUCAGGUUCGUACAAAAUUAGUUUUACUUCACAGACUGUAUACUCUAUGCAAGGAGUAAAACGCCUGGCCCUUUUAUAAUGAAGUAAUGCUAAGUUCAAUGUUUUCACUUUAGUUGAUCUUAGUUUAGCCUCACAUGCCUCACUCCAAUGAAAACUGAGUUUGUAAGAUUUAGGCUGGCUUCUGUGAGGCUAAACUUGGCUUAGAAGAUGCUUGUAACUGUGCCUUUACCCCCAGGGAACCCUAUGCAAAACUGUUUUCACUGUAUUACAGAGUAAACCAUUUCUUUGGAAUCUCCUCACUUUAUCUGGAGGUCUCUUGAUACUGUAAGUUUUACUGAUAUUGAUAUGUAAGCUUGUAGCACAGGGAGAGGUGGAGUUUCUGUUGCCUUAUUUUGGUGUGUUUGCUUUCAUGCAGGCUGGCCGUGUUGAAAAGAUAAUAUUCUAUUAUAUGAAAUAAACUUAAUUUUGUCAUUGUCUGU